UGAGUGCAAUGCGCGCCUCGCCGCAGAAUGCCAAUACCUGCCUCACAUGUGCCCUUCGCAUGCGAUUACGCCUUCUCCAGCAACAGCGAUCUCGAUAUGCAACCACAGCGGCGAGCCACGCGAAAGUGCACGAUGAGCAGGCCUUUCGAUAUGCGCAUAGCGCUAAAAACAUAGUACGAUACCAUGGUGCCCACGGUGGGCGAGAAAAUGUUUUGCCAAGGAAAAUCGUCGAUAGCGAAGGCCUCGUCCGAAAGUUCUUAUCCGGAAAACACCUGCAUGAACAACUUUCGUAUGGCGCGUCAGAAGGCGGUCGCGAAUCGAGAAGAUUUGACGAUCGGUCCAAAGGACGUAAUCGCGAAGACGCUUUCGAAGAUGCGCUUCAGCAGAAGCUCGCGAAAGUGAAGGCAGAGGUCGAGGAUGCGCCUGUGCUCGACCAGGUGGCCAAGGAGAGGGCCGAGUGGGAUGGCGAGACCAAAAGUCAGAGCUUCAGCAGACUAUGGCGUCAGUUCUCGCAGAAAAUCACAAGGGGCAGUCCAGAUGAGAAGGUGCCGUGGCAUGGUGCAGAGCCUCAAGGCGACCAAGCCAUAUGGAAUGACCUAUUCAACGUCUUCCGUGAGAAGGGUCCCAAUGGCCUUGAAGAUCGAAUCAAGUACCACUUCUACGAGCAGGUCACGGGCUCGAGAUUUACUGCAUCGGACAUCAGGAAUCAGAAGGACAUUGCAGAUCUGAGAUAUCCCUCCGAGUGGUUUCCUGCCACAAGAGCUGUGCAACGAACGAUACAUCUUCAUGUUGGUCCCACCAACUCCGGCAAAACAUAUCACGCAUUGCAAAGAUUGGAGCAGGCAGAAAGUGGCGUGUAUGCCGGCCCUCUGCGACUGCUUGCCCACGAGGUCUAUGCCAGGCUCAAUGCCAAGGGCAGGCAAUGUGCCCUAAUCACUGGCGAGGAGAGGCGAGCACCAACUGACACGCCAGACGCCUCAUCUUUCGAUAUGACUGCUUGCACCGUCGAGAUGACGCCGCUGAACUGUUGCAUGGAUGUCGCGGUCAUUGACGAGAUUCAAAUGAUCGGAAACUCCCACCGUGGCUGGGCCUGGACGCAAGCUUUGUUGGGCGUCAUGGCGAAAGAAGUCCAUCUCUGUGGUGAGGAGAGAACAGUGCCUCUGAUCAAAGAGAUAUGUGCAAGUGUGGGCGAUCCGCUUGAAAUCCACCGAUAUGAGCGAUUGUCCCCUCUCCAAAUGUCCGACAAGUCCCUUGACGGGAAGCUCAAAGAAUUACGAAAAGGCGACUGCGUCAUCUCCUUCUCUGUCAUGGGCAUACACGCCUUGCGAAAGCAGAUCGAGAAGUCGACUGGACGUAAGGUGGCAACUGUCUACGGCUCACUACCUCCAGAAACUCGCGCACAGCAAGCUCGCCUGUUCAACGACCCAAACAACGACUAUGACUUCCUCGUUGCUUCCGACGCCGUAGGUAUGGGUCUCAACCUUGCCAUCAAGCGAAUCGUGUUCGAGUCAUCAUCAAAAUUCAACGGCUACCAGCGAGAAACUCUUAGUAUAGCAGACAUCAAGCAGAUCGGAGGACGAGCUGGUCGCUUCAGAACUUCAGCACAGGCAGCCGAAGCUCCAGCUUCAGAAGCAGAUUUGGCCGCCGCAAAAGGGGAGCCGAGACCGGAUCAAGAAAUGCUAGAUGCUGAUGACACCCCCGAGAACGUUGGUCUUGUAACGACGCUCGAACGCUUCGACUUUCCAAUAAUCCGCACUGCUAUGGGCUCCGAGCCUGAACCAAUCAAAUCUGCCGGCAUUUUCCCUCCUGCACCAGUGCUAGAGCGCUUCGCCGGUUAUUUCCCACCCGGCACACCUUUCUCAUACAUCCUCGCACGAUUGCACGAGCUAAGUCAAAUGCACCCACGCUUCCAUCUUUGCGGAUUGAAGGACCAAGUCUGGAUCGCCGACCUGAUCGAGGGUAUCGAGGGCCUCUCGAUCGCAGACAAGAACAUUUUGACAUCCUGUCCUGCCAACAAGGGCGACGCCGAUAUGUGGAUCAAGCUGAUGCCCGAUAUGGCACGCUGCAUCGCGAAUCAGAGUGGCGGAGACCUUGCCGACCUUGAAAACCUUCCUCUUGAAGUUCUAGAAACCGAAGUGACAGGUACGAGAGAGUAUCUUCGAGCUCUGGAACAGCUGCACAAGGGUAUCGUAGUGUAUUUGUGGCUCAGUUAUCGAUUUGCUGGCGUCUUCAACACCAGAGCGCUGGCUUUUCAUGUCAAGAAGCUGGUCGAGGAUAAGAUUGAGAAGACUCUGAGCCAGUUCAGCUUCUCACAAGCACAACGUCGCUUGCUCGCUUCUAGGCGUGAAAAACAAAUGCUCGACUUUCUCAUGCAGGCUACAGAUGAGAGUGUCGCAAAACAUGGUAGUCAGACGGAACAGCGUGAAGUUGAGGCUGGCGCCGUAACAGGCGACGUCGAGGAAAAGAAUGAAGUGCGUAUGGAGGACUUUGACACGGCUCACCCCGAACAUGAGUACAAUAUCGACGAAAUUGGAUCACAGCUCGAAGGCAGAGAGACUCAAUCCCACGACAAUUCUGAUCUUGCGAAACAGACAAGUCAGAUCGCGGGCGGCGAUCACUUUGCUGGCGAAGAAAUUGACUUGGAAGAACCAGAUCUUGAGCCUGAAGGUCUUGACACGGAUGCCAAGACUCCUUCGCAAGAGGCUGAAGAGGAGUCUGAUGGCGAGCAGCAGGCGCCGAAGGAGGUGGCUUCUGGGAACUUGUAACGAUGUAGAGAUUGUAUAUAUAGAUGGUGCAGGAGUCGAUCAGAACUUCCACCUGCGAUAAUGUAGCACUAUCCACCCUCCAGCCGCCUGGGACAGACUGUCGAUACCUCAUGGCAUGGAAAGGUAUGAAAGCUUUACAUUCAG